AUGGCAAAGAUCUCCUUUGUGCUUCUCGUUAUCGCCCUUAUUGCCUUUCUACAUGUCUCUGAGGCUCAUCGUUCGUUACAUUUCGAGGAACAAGUACUUGAGAACGAUUUGGAUGAAGCCAAGAACUUGAUCGAAGAGGACUUAAAAGAAAAGGAAACGAGCAUUAAGCACUUGGAAGACGAGGUGCAUAUGUUAACCAAAUCUGAUCACAUGUUGAGUGAGCUCGGAGAUGCUUACAAAAACGGUAAGAAUCUAGCGCCUUUGGGGAAAAGACUCAAGAGAUUCAACAGGAGGAUCAAGAAGGCGCCUGAGGAAGGGAGAUACGUAUCCAUAAUCCAAUGUAUUUUGAAGGACUUGGGAUUAAACGGAGGGAGAUUUUGA